CACUAUGAUCCCACUACGGGCAAGUUCACCUGCUCCAUCCCGGGUAUCUACUUCUUCACCUACCACGUCCUGAUGCGCGGAGGGGACGGCACCAGCAUGUGGGCUGAUCUCUGCAAAAACAACCAGGUGCGCGCUAGUGCAAUUGCCCAAGAUGCUGACCAGAAUUACGACUAUGCCAGCAACAGUGUGGUCCUUCACCUGGAACCAGGAGAUGAAGUCUACAUCAAAUUAGAUGGUGGGAAAGCCCAUGGAGGAAACAACAACAAAUACAGCACAUUUUCUGGAUUUAUUAUUUAUGCUGACUGAUAAUGCAGAAACUGAACUUGCUAUUCUGAGUUGGAACGAUGGAUUCGUAUGGCUAACGUCAGUGAAUCAAGGAUCCCGGGGGAUGCCGACUGCAGGGCAUCUCGGUUGUGUAAAUGUGGGGAGAUCAAAUGCUACCUGACUCACAUCUGUAUCACUCAGACACAUUAUGUAAAAAAGUAUUUAACGCAAGAUAAGCAGAUGUGUGAUCCACUACCGCCAAAGCAAAUACUCCUUAUUGUUAGUGUCCAUGUGAAUGAAGUCCUAUAUAGAUCACAAAUUUUUAUAGAAAAAUCUAAGACACUGAAUUAUUUCUUCAAUAUCUAUGAUACUUUGGUGUACUGUGAUCUUGCUGCUUUUAUCCAUGUGUCAGCUUUGGUUCUUGUGAGUUUACCCGCUUAUUAAGAUACUCGGAGUCUAUUUGUAGUGUGGGGAGGAGUCAUUUUACCCUGCAGGAGAAGGUCUAAUUGAAGUAAUGCUGCUUGUCCCCAAAGAUAUUGUUUGCCUUGUACUCUCGUUAACUUUAGAGCUAGACCUGGGAAUGAUUCAACUUCAAGCCUUAACCUGGAAUUUUCUGGAUUUGUGGGAAUUCCCAAGCCUGUGAUCAUUUUCACAUUUUUUUUUCUUUUCAUGUGAAAUUUUUUUCUCUUUUCUGGUGAUAGUCUUAAGAAAAUAGAGAUUGAAACUGUAUCAUAUAGGAUUACCCUCUAAGUGUGAAAAUGUGUAAUUAUGUAUGGUAUUUAGAAAAAAAACCUGUGUGUCCAUUUUGUCAAUAGAAUACAUUUAGACUCACUUGAACAGUCAGAGAAAUUUAUUCUUUGGUAUGAAGUCAGAUAGAGGCUUUGCUUUCUUUGGAACAAAAGAUUGUUCAUAACCUAAGGCACGAAGGUUUAAUCUGAGCUACUGCAUGCAUCAUCAAGGGGACAGUAAGUAAGGCCUUCAAACAGUUACCACAAAUCUGUGGCCUGAGGUUAUUUCAAAAUUAACAGUUUCACAUAGAACCAAUAUGAUUACAAAGUGUAUAUAUUUUAUAUAAGUAUCUGCCACACACUUAUUUAUAUACAUAUAUGUUAGAUGAAAUAUUAUAUAUACCUGGCUUCAGUCCACUAGUUGUGGUGGCUGUACAGCUCAAAAAACUAAUUUAAAAAGUAUAUAUGUAUACACACAGAACCAUGCACAAAUUAUUUGACUUAUUUUAGAUUGAAAUAUAUUUUAGAUGAUACAAAUAUAUAGGGUAACAAAAUAAUAAAAGUGACUUCUCUUUAAGAGUUAUCCAGAAAAUGAAACCUCAGCAGAUUCAAAUGCCCCACAUUGAACAUGUGUGAGUUAGUUGAUUCCAUGGUCACUGUAUUCCAUAUGCAAUCGAUAUUUUAACUGCAUUCUCUGGCAGACCAUUAAUAAGGGACUUCAGGAAGCAAGCACAGUCCUUCACAAUGUUUAUGAAACAUAUACAUUGGAAUAGUCAAUUCUUUCCUUUCUAUCUGGUGGAUUGAAGCUGACAGUAUAGUGCAAACUCAUUCUCUCUAGUUAAAAACACACUGCCAAGAGCUAUCUCUUUAAUCUAAGGGAAAGAUCAAAAUGCAUGAGAAUAUAUCCUACUAGCACACAACUUCCCCUCUUACAAUGGAAAAUCUGUUCCCAUUUCAGUUGCCUUUAAACAGUCUUUGACAAGUAGAUUUCAAAACCAGAGAUUUAAAAAUCUGUGUACUUUGCUGGUGAAAGACAUUUGCAUUUUCCCCUUUAAAGGAAUGGGGCCGUCCCCCUGGCUCAUUUCACUUCAGUACUUUUUGUUCUAAUACACAGAGAGCUCAAUCAGCUAUGAUCAACUGAAAUAGCUUUAGUUUAGCAAAACCUCAACUUUCCAAGAGAUUUGCAUGGUGUUCCCAUCUAAAGGUGGUGUCUGCCGUGUUUAAAUGCCUUGGUCUGAAUAAUGGUCAUGAUUUAUAUGAUAAAAAACACUUAGAUCAUUCAUCAAGAGUAGUGACUGAUUCGAUUUGGCCCUUCUAAUAUAUAAGGUAACUCAUAAAUGAAUUGCCACAGUUUUAAUUUCUAUUUAACAACAUAUAUUUUUCAAAGAUGGAUUGGCAGAGAGGAUCAAGGGAUUAGCUCACAAACAACAGUGUACAUCAAUUAAGCGUCUUAACUAACAAUUUUGAAAAGGAAUUAUUAGCAAAGAACUUCAUGGCUGGAUCUCUUCUAAAGAGUAACAUUUACAAACAGACUGUCAUUUCCAAUAGAUCUGACCUUUUCUUUAGAUAAAUAAGCAUUAUUUUCUCUGUUUAGGCCUGAGGAAAAAAGAAAUAAAAGGUAAAUGAAAUAAAGGGACUAUAUAUAAGGCAAGCAUUUCUCUUUUUCUUUGCAUUAUAACUUAUGAAUUAAUUAAAUUGUGGCCUUUGUUAUUAUAACUGUAAUGAUUCAUUAAACUAUAUUAUGUAAUAUA